ACUGCACACUUUCUGGCUACUGCCCUCGUCUCAGAAGACUCUUGGACCAACUGGUAGACUAUGCACUAUGUCUGAGAAAGCUGAUGGAGAUGUUGUCCUGAUAACUGGCGGUGCUGGCUUCCUUGGCCAACACUGCAUCAGCUUGAUCCAGGAGAGAGUCAACUAUGUGAGAGAGAUUAGGAUACUGGAUACGAAACCUUACCAAAAUCUCCUGGGCCAUCGCGAAUCUUUGCCUGUCAUUUCUCAUGUUGGAGACAUUUGUGACAUCAGCCUUCUGCGCCAAUCCCUGAAUGGAGUGGAUUCGGUCAUUCACAUCGCUGGGGUGAUCAGUGUACCUAUGUUUCCAAAUAUCAAGGAGAUGGAAAGGGUAAAUGUUCAAGGUACCCAAAACCUGAUCAAUGCGUGUCUCGACAAAGGAGUGAAGAGAUUGGUUUACACCAGCACUGUCGAUGUUGUUGUUGGCUAUGAGAACAUCAUCGAUGGAGACGAGUCUACCCCAAUACCUGAUGAGUUUGUCUACAAGGGUUAUCCAUCAAGCAAGUAUCAGGCUGAGGUGCUGGUCAACCAGGCCCAUGGAACACCACUUAAAGAAGGUAAUGGCGCCCUCCACACAAUUACCCUUCGUCCAAAUGUGAUGUAUGGUGAGCAGGACCCCCAUUACAUCGUGAAAGCUCUAGAGGGAGCCAGAACAAGGAACGGUGUUCUACAGCGCUUUGGGAGCCCAGAUUCUAAAUUCCAACAUGCAUACGCUGGCAAUGCUGCCUGGGCACACAUAUCGGCAGAUAAGGCACUAAAGGAAGACCCGAAGGCUGGAGGACAGUCGUACUUCGUCACUGAUGACACCCCUGUUCAGAACCCUUUUACUCUCCUUGAACCGUUCCUAAAGUCACAUGGCUUCAAAGUGUCGGAUUCAAGCAUUCCAUCCUGGUUGGUCCUGGGGGUUUUCAAGUUCAUUGAGUGGAUAGCGUGGUUCAUAAGUCCAGUGUACACUUUGAACCCAUCGAUCUCAACAGCUAGUAUAACGUACAUCAGCAACACGUACAGCUUCAGUAGUAAUAAGGCCCGUGAAAAACUUGGAUAUCAGCCGAUUUAUACACCUGAGGAAUCCUUGGAGAAGUCUCUGAAAUAUUACGCUCCACCGUCUCCCAUGGGGUCCAGUCCAUUCAGUGUGGACUCGAGCAAGGAUUGAACUGAGAACAAGGAAAAUAGGGGGUGCCAAUUCAUCCACUUUAUGACCCCUUAAAUUUCCUUGUUAAAGCACGAUU